AUGAUGUUCCUCGCUGUGCCGGUUUCAGAAAAAAAAAACAUGCUGCUUGCCCUAGCAUUUUGCAUCGGCUUCCGCUGGGCUUCAGCAACAAGACCGGCACGGCAGGAGGAUGUGCUUACACUUGCAGGUGCACACGACACGCAAUACCUCUCGCCAGACUCGCGCAUUUUGCCGAAGUCGUGUAAAGACGAUGGGGUGAUCUUCCUCGAGCCCGGGGUGACCUACGACACGCAGGUGGGCCUCCACCGCAUCGAGUCGCGUUGCCAUACGCUGCAGGGAGCUCCUGGGACUCAGCUCCUUUGCUCCGGUGGCAUUUUCUUCGAGAACAGGGACGGUAUGACGAUGGUUGGGCCCCUCAGUGUGACGAUGGCCCCAGGAGUGCCAAGCCUCGGAAACGCUUCGGCGAUUCACGCUGCCGGCAACCUACGAGUUGUGGCGCCCCAGGGUGCGGCCCUGCAGUUCAGGUGGCUUACAUCUUCGGGGCGGGGGGCUGCCCUCAGAGCCGAGGGCGACAUCUUCUUGGAAGGUCUAGGCAGGAUGACUUUCGAGGACAUACACAGCUCUCGUACUGGUGCAUUGCACACCCCUCAACUCAUCCGCAGCACCGCGGCCCAUCUGGAAUUCGAAAACUGCUCGGCUCGAGAUUCGGGCGGUGCCAUGUUUGGCGGCAAAGGCGUGAUCUUGAACAGUGGCAAAUCAGACCAUGCAAUUCGCUUCCACGGUUGCAAGUCAGGAUGGAAGGGCGGUGCAGUCGUCAGUCGAGGCAAUGUAGAGCUGAAAGGCAAGGGCACUUUUGUCUUCGAGAAGUGCCACUCCGACUUGGUCGCUGGUGCUGUGGGUGCCGGUACGGCCGUGGUGAUUGAUCUUCAAGACGAAGGUUCCGUAGAUUUCGUUCAAUGCAUCACCGGGGGUGGACUGCGGUGCGAUGGGUGCCAUGGGCUCGGCGGAGGCGCAAUUUCUGCUGGCAAGGAGGUCAACAUCACUACUGGCCGUGUCCGUUUUUCGGGCUGCUUCGCUGAGACUGGCAUCGGAGAUGCGGUGAUGAGCAAAUACGGCGCCAUCAACAUCGGCGAGGCAGCUCAUGUGGUCUUUGCUGGCAUGGAUAGUCUUCACAGCUCGCGCCUGUCUGCGAGAGAUGUAAGGAUGCCGCCUGAUGGGACGGUUCUUCCCAGCGAUGUGUUUGCACAGGUUGACCUGUUGGCAGAAGGCAGUUUCUCUUUCCACGAAUGGAUCUGCCCAGCCGGCACAAGGUUCGUUAUUAGGGCGGACGGUAGUCCCGCACGCGGUCAGUGCAAAAUAUGCUGGCGCGGCAGUGUCUCACUGGCACCUGCUUCCGUAAGACUUGAAGGCGAGGUCAAGCCGGAGGCCGGCAGGAAAAUCGUGCUGGUGCGACACUCCUCUCCGAAUUCUCUGAAGAGUCUCGGCAUCUCGAUCCUCACGAAGGCUGCAAAGUCCAGAGACGACGCAUGCCUGAAGGACCCUGGUUGCUUGGGAAUUACAAAAUCAGCUGGACAGCGCACGGCCUACCACGAGCUCGCCUUGGUGCUCAGCUAUGAGAACAAGCGGGUAUUUACCUUCGGCAAUCGCAGCGUGCAAACCGAAAGGGGAGAGAAGCUGACAGUGCCAUGCAAUACAUAUAACGCAGGCGUCCCGCUGGCCCUCGUGGAGCCGGGGCAACAUGUCACUUGGGAGGACCCUGAGAGGGCGCAACACUUUGAGCUGGACAAGGAUGGCAUGCUUGUCCCUGCGCACGAACCGCACUUGACCAUCGGCCUCGACCGCGACGUUAGCUACAGGUUUGAACCGUUUGACCCAUAUGGAGCAUGCAUGACCUGCGAGAAAGUCGCCACGCAUUUGGCCGACAAGCUGCAGUGCUUAGGAGCUUCUCAUGUGAGGUCCCUUCCGGGGUAUAUGAUUUCGAAUCCAGCAGCAGGAGCGAGGAAGGUUGAGGUCCACAGAUGCCCCAAUGCAGCGGCCUGUCCAGGGAGCAACCUCAGCGUUACGGCGGAGGGCCGGACGUCCUCCCGCAGCCGAAUCUGCGCGACAGGCUAUGAGCCAAACCCUGGCUGCACACGCUGCGCCCCCGGCUACGGCCGGCCGCAGCUAGACCCCUUCAUAUGCCAGGCAUGCGGCGAGGCGUCCUUGCGGCGACAGGUAGGCAUAGCCGCACUAUCCAACUGCAUCUUCUAUGGCAUGGCGUUGAACUCUGCAAAGCCGCGCAGUCACAUUCAGCAGAUCGUCAAGGUUUUCCUGUCCUUCAUCACCAUUUCUGCCAGAAGUCUCUCAGCUGUGCGCCACACGCCGCAUUAUCAUCUGCUGCUGCGCGACAUCUCAGCCUCCGCACAGUGGCUGCAUCGGUCUCUCUUUGCAACGGACUUCGUAGUGCAUGCCGAGCCGGGGUCCAGUGUCAGCUCCUUCGACUGCUGGGGCCUGGCGGAUGGCCCCGUGAACCUGUUCUACAGCAUCGCCCUUUCGUGGGCCAUCCCAGUGCUCUUGCUCUUGCUUUCUUGGAGCUGGCUCGGUCUGCGUUCUUGGCGCCUUUGCUUGGUCGUUUGGGGCAAUGUCUUCAUUCCCCCGCUCAUGGGUGCUGCGGCCACGCUGGUGCCGUGUUUCAGCACCCACGAAGGGGGCCGUCGAUUCCUGAUGUACGAGGCCGCAUUCGAAACCCCAUGCGCUUCCAAGUUGACCGAAUCCAUGGUGCUCCCGCGAUUUUGGUUGGCAGUGGGGACAACAGUGCUGCUUGCCGUCAUCGGCCCCGUCUUGUGGCUGUCGCUUGCCAUGUCUAUUUCCUCAAUGCGGCGAGGCGUCGAAGAUGAUCGGACAGUCGGCUUCCUGGUGGCAGGCUACGAGCCCGGCUGUCGGUGGUGGGAAGUCACCGUCCUCGUCAGGAAAUCUGCCAUCUACGUUGUAGCAGCUUGCUUCCCGAUGUCUUGGGCCCCCGAAGCACACUUGGUCUACCUUCUGUUAAUCACGGUCGUUGCAGAGCUCGUCCAUUGUAGCAUACGGCCCUAUGUCAGCCCACGCCUGAACAGGUUGGAGGGGCAGGUUCUAGGCGUUUCCUGUACAAACUUGGUUCUGGUCAUCUCCUUGCUGUCAGAGUGGCCCUACCGACCGUACAGCAUCUACGUCGGCACCUGCGUCCUUCUCUUUUUGCUCACAGCGGGCACCUACCUCUUUUUCCUUUGCUUCUACAUUCGUGCCGUGUUCACGAGGGACGAUUCCCAAAAGGGGAGGAGGUAG